UUUCAGUUAGAUAAAGUUAAUAUCAUAUUUGAGAAGUGAAACAGUCUUGUUAAAAAUGCAAACAAAAUAUAAGAACAAUGAAUUUAUCCAUUUCCGAUGCAUAAUUGCAGUUUUCUUCUUGACUUUCCCCUUGCUGAAUGCGAAUGUAAUGUAUGGUGUUAAAGACUUCAGCAAUAAUUUAUUUUUUAAAUUAAGCAAUCGUAAUGAAGAAAGAAAUCGUGCACUGUCGCCCUUGCCUUUAGCUGCUCUAUUAAUUUUACUACGCUAUAAUGCUAACGCACUCAGUGCUUUAGAAAUAGGUGAAGCUUUGGAAUUGAUACACGAACCUAUUGAAAAAAUAAGAGAAACUUAUACGGAUAUAUAUCACAAAAUGGACAACAAUUCGUUAAUUUCUAUAACAAAUCAUGUAUCAAUACGUAUAAAUGGAGAAGAAUUAAUAGGUAGUAAUAUGACGGUAGGUGAAAUUAUGGAUCAAUGGAAAAGUUAUCAUAUUUGCUAUAAAGCUAUACAGGUAGCAGUAGCUAACGAAAAACCAGAAAUAUAUCUGUUUUCGUAUGCCACUUUUCACAAUAAAUUUCUUUAUGAAGUUACCAUAGGUGAAGCAUUACGUUUCGUUGAUAUUAAUGGGAAUGGAAGAACAAUGACAUCGUUACAGCAAAUUGCAAUAUUGCGCCUUGGCAUCAUUGGCCCUCUAAAAGCUUCAGUUAUUGAAGUGCUAACCAGUGAUGUAGACACCUUAUUGUAUAUUGUAUAUCCCUUUAAAUCUGAAAAAGGUAUAAUAGAAGUUGAAAAAAAAUUAAAAAAAUUUCCUUUCAGCGUUAUUAAAACCUAUUUAAAGCCGACUAAACUUAUUUUAAUAUUGCCAAAAAUCGAAUUGAAAGCACAAGUGCCGCUUAAGGCAACAUUAAAAUUUUUGGGUAUGCGUCAAAUGUUUAAUGAUAUGUGUUAUCAACCAGACGGAGUUCCUAUAAAAGUUAUGAAAAUCUUAUCAUCAGCUACUGUCGCAAUAUAA